AUGGCCGAGCCAAUAGAACCACGCGCGGUCGUUGUAGACCCCGAGGCGGCAGAGGCCACGCGGAAGCAAGCCGAAGUCAAGGUCUCACGCGCCGCAACGGUCCUCCUCCGAGAUGAUCCCGAAGCAAGAGCUGCCUUCCUAUCUACAUUUACCGCGGAAGAGGAAAAGUCCAUCAUGCGCAAGGUCGAGUUGCGCUUUUCGGUGCUCAUUGGUCUGAUGUACAUGAUCAAGCAGGUUCGUCAGAAUCAAUUCCCAUUUGCGAAGAACAGCCACGAUAAUUAA